AAAACCCCGGAGAGGAGAGGGGCCAGCGACCUAGAGAUCGCUGUCGAUCGAGAUGCUUUCGCGCAAGAGCAAGGAUAAAUCGAUCAAGGAUGGAGUCGUUGGAAAGUAUGUCAAACGGGAUACGCCACCGGAAAUACCAAUUAUCAAUGUUUUGACGAGUGAGGGAAAGAACAAACUCACCAAAGGCCGCCGAAGUUCACAGCAAAUCUUCGGGGUCAACAACGCUGGCCAGCCUAACAACGGCAACAUCUAUGUUCCGGGACCACUGAUGCCCAAUAACAACAACAACCUAAACAACAUUCAAAAAUUCGGUAACAUCAAGGUAACGGCUUCGAUGAGCGGCCUCGGACACGAGGGCAAAUACACGCCCAGCAGUAGGAUUCCCAACCUGGCGCAAAAGUUCGUCAACCUUUCGCUGCAAAGCGAGCAGCCCAAUAUCCUGAACCCGACCAACAGCGUGCUGAUGAUAACCAACAACAAGAAUCAACAGCUGCAUCAGCAACACCAACAACAACACGCACUGGCCAUGGCAAUGAAGCCAUCGAAUUUAAACCUGGCCGCCAACCUCAAUGAACGACAGAACAACAACAGCCACGGCAAUUACGUAGACAUCGAGACUAUCGAUCAGAUCCUCAUGCAGCAAAGCGAAGCCGACAAAGCAGCCAAUCAGUACCGUCUCCAGCAACAGCAACUUCAGCAAGCACAGCAGCAGCAACAUCUGCGGCAACAGUACAUCAACAACUUCGAGCGAAAGUAUCCCUACAACCAACUGCAUCACAACGCCACGCACAGAAACCUUCGAAAUGGCUUCGAGAACUACGGUAACCUAAUAAGAAAUAACAGUCCUACGAUGGUCUCCGCAGCCUCCAGUAAUGUCAACCUCGCAAACGAACCCCAAUCCCCGUUUGCUCGACAAUUCUCCGCUCGACAACAACUCCCCAUCCCGAAAUCGGACCACUACCACAUCUACGAGAACCCUACCCAGAUCAACCGAUCUGAGUCCCCGAUCUACAGCAACACCAACUCGGCAAACAUCUACCAGAGCUACAGCAACAACUCCUCUCAUCAAUCCCUAUUCUCCAACCUGACCAACACCUCCAGUAACGUAACUGCCGUCUCCUCCUCCAUCAACUUCCUGGCCACUCGUGUUCAACAACCUCAACCCCAGCAACCGCUCUACUCCAACGUCGAGACCAACGGUAUGACCUACGGCGAAGCCCUGCUGCACAACGCCCGCCAUGGUUCCUCCGGUCCUUCCGUCCAACAACCUCACCCUCAGCCCACGCCGGAGAGCAGCAGUUCGACGACCGAGGAGGAACUUCCGCUACCCCCGGGCUGGUCCGUGGACUACACCCUGCGUGGUCGUAAGUACUACAUCGACCACAACACCAAGACUACCCAUUGGUCCCACCCGCUGGAACGGGAGGGCCUCCCGACCGGCUGGGAACGACACGAGUCCGCUCAGCAUGGCACCUUCUACUACAACUGCAUCACCGGGCAGGCCCAGGAUAGCCAUCCCUAUCUGACUUCGUACUUCCUACAUCACGCCACUCCGGUGGACAUCCCCCGGCCGCUGAUAGCAACCCAUACGCAUUACACGCCGCACAGUGCACUGGUUCCGGCCAAUCCGUACCUGCUGGAAGCGGUCCCGGAGUGGUUGGAAUUCUACGCCAAGUCCACGCCGGAAAACGAUCACAAGCUAAAGUGGGACAUGUUCCAGCUGCAGCAGCUGGAAAGCAUAGCCGGCAUGUUGACCAAACUGUUCCGACAGGAGUGUCAAAUGAUCGUGGUGAAGUACGAAUCGUUGAGGAUAGCGAUCCGCUCGAUUAUGGAUGAGAAGAAACGGCUAGCCUAUCUGACCAACAACGAAACGAACACUUUAGAGGAGCUCCGAUAAACCGCACAACGCACAACCCGCACAGAGCAGAGCAGUACAGUAUAUCCGAACACACCGACUCACUCACGAACACACCAACAAUUACGCUUUUUAUCAAUUCGAUAGGGUCUCGACGUUCUUUCAUAUCUAUGUAUUUGUUCGACUAGAUUUAUUCUGAUUCGUUCUUGUCUGAUUAUCGUUUAUUGUUUAUAGAGGAAAACCGAUUCUAUGACACACACACACACACACACACACACACACACACACACACACACACACACACACACACACACACACACACACACACACACACACACACACACACACACACACACACACACACACACACACACACACACACACACACACACACACACACACACACACACACACACACACACACACACACACACACACACACACACACACAUACGCAUGUAAGAGGAGAUUACCCUGAAUGUUACUCGUUCGUUUUUAUAUAGCUAAACAACUAAAUAUAGGUAUUUAGUUUCAUAAGUAAAAGUGAUUUUAAAUAUUUAGUAUUUGAAGCGUAAUGGCAACGAGGACCGCAAGAAACAGUAGUGCCUUGGGAGGAGUUGGUAGGAAGAAGACAUUUUUAUAUGCAUAUUUUCAUUCACGAUCGCAAAAUUGUGAUAUACCAAGAGUUCCUUCGCAAAAACAUUUUUUUAACAUUUAUUGUGGUUCUUUCGGUCUCUCGGUACUAACCAACACAAGAAAGUGAUUAUCUGGAGGGACCGUGGCUGAACUAGUAAGAGAUCUUCAUCGAAAUCGCACGAUCGUUACAUAUUGUAUUUAAAAUCAAGUAUGCGUAUUAGUACAUUUUGUGCCUUUUCCAGUGAUUGUCCUGAUAUGGAUUUAUAACUGCAAAUAUAUAACAUAUGUUAUCAUUACAAUGUAA